AUGCCUGCCAUUCUGGUCGCCUCGAAGAUGAAGUCGGAACUGCCCAAGCCGGUGCACAGUGCCCUUCCCAUGCCUCAGCACCCGUCCAAGACGGGCACGCUACCCGCCGCCGGCAAGCCGAAGGCUACCCCGGGCAGCCAGAGCGCCCACAGGACCCUCCAGCGGAACCAGAGCCUUGGCACGGGCACCACAGGCGCCCCGGCGAAGAAGACCCCCGCAUCCAAAGGCAGCUCCACCGACCCUCAGAUUUACACAGACUGGGCGAACCACUACUUGGCUAAAUCGGGCAACCAGCGCCUCAUCAAGGACCUCCAGCAGGAUGUGGCAGACGGAGUUCUGCUGGCUGAGAUCAUCCAGGUCGUGGCAAAUGAGAAGAUUCAAGACAUCAAUGGAUAUCCGCAGAGCCGCUCUCAAAUGAUUGGAAACAUUGAGGCUUGUCUGGGUUUUCUGGCUGAUAAAGGGGUGAACAUUAAGGGACUCUGUGCAGAAGAGAUCCGUAAUGGGAAUCUGAAGGCCAUCCUCGGCCUGUUCUUUAGCUUGUCGCGCUAUAAGCAGCAGCAGAACCAGACCCAAAAGCCCACCGCUCAGACCCAGCGGCCUCACAGCCCUGCCCAACCGCCGCUCACCAAUGCUGGGCAGACUCAGCAGGGGACCCCCUGCCCCAUCCACAGCCACCAGGGCCCCACCAGUCCUGCUCUGAAAGCUCACACAGACAUGACAUCCAGGCUACCUGGCCUAUCAGCGCGGGCUGGAGAGGGGAGGCUGCGUGGGGCCAGUGGGGCGGGCAACCGACGCAGCCAGAGCUUCAAUCACUUCGACAAGGCCAGACCCCCCCUCAGCACCCCCACCACCACCACCACCAGCAGCAGCAGCAGCCAUGACAGAGGUGAGGGGGGCAUGGAGGUGUGGGUCUAA